AUGAUAAAUUGUUUUAGUGAUUCUGUUUUGUUAUUCAAUUGCUCUGCAUCAUAAAAAAAAUAUGAAAAUUCUAUUGAAUAUUAAUGUUUGGAAUAUAUUUAGAACAUAUUGGGCUCGAUAAUUCCAAUGAGAUCAAAAUUAAAAAUCUCUAUAACAAAUGAUUAAUAAAUAAUAUACAUUUCUUAAGAUGGUUAAAUAAUAAGAAUGUAAAGUUCAUUAUAAUCAUUAGUGAUAAAAUAAAUGAUUAAAAUCAUAUAUUGCUGGCAAAUAUAAUACAAAUUAAGCAUCUUCAAUGGAUUGGGUAUAGUAAGAAUUUGAAAAAAAUUGGUUAUUGGGUAGCUACAUUAUAAGGUUAAGCUUUAUUAGGUGCAGGGGGAUAUUAUUCUAAAGAUGGAAAAAAGUAAGGGGAUUGGUCAGAUUUAAUUUGGAAUUAUUAAGAGUAGAAUUUAAUCAUACUUUUGUAUUAGUAUAUCUAAUGUAUAUGAAAUUGGAAUAUAUAAUAAUGAUGUUAGAUAAGGAGUUUGGAAAUAUAAAUAUAAAAAAGAAUUAAUGUAACUAUUUACUUGCUAAUAUAAUAAGCAAUGGAGGAAUAUAUGAUCAAAAAGGAUUCAAAUAAGGGACAUGGAUAGAUUUAGGUUAACAAUUUUGGGAGUAUUAAAAAUUGAAUAAUAUAUUAGUUUUAGUUAAGUAACAUAUGAAGGUUAAUAUAAAAAUGGUUUAAAAAUAGGGAGAUGGAAUAUAAAUUAUAGAGAAUAAAAUUAUAAGCAAUUUUAAAUAAUGUAUUAUAAUAUAAAUAUAUUAAUUUAAGUGGUGGUGGAUAAUAUUAAAAUCAGGGAUUCAAGACUAAUAAAUGGAUAGAAUUGAGCAAUAACUUUUGGGAGUAUUAAUUAUUAUUUUAAUUCUAAUAAGUUAAAGUUAGGUCAUAUAUAAAGGUGAGUAUAAAAAAGAUUUAAAAGUUGGUCUAUGGGAAAUUUUUUAUGGUAGAAACUUUGCUGAAAUAUUUUAACAAAUGUAGAUGAAAGAUAUAUAAUUAAAGUGGUUUAGGUUUAUUUGAUGAAUAGGGUUAAAAAAAUGGUUAUUGGAUAGAACCAUAUUUUAAUUUUUAUCAGUACUCAAAUUUUAGAUGAUAAAAUUAGGUUUUGUUAUGUAACCUAUAAUGGAUAGUAUUAAAAUGGUAAAAAAAUAGGGUAAUGGCUUAUUACUUAUAGAAGAGAUCAUAAUAAACAAUAAGAGAUUAUGUAAUUUAAUUAUUAAAAUACCUUAGUGGAGGUGGAUAUUACAGUAAUUAAGGUCUAAAGGUUGGUUAUUGGACAGAUUUGAGUAAUUGUUUCUACCUGUAUUAAAUAUAUUAGAUAUUUAUGAUAUUAGUUACAAUUAAAUAAUUUAUUAAGGGUAUUAUAGAAAUGGGUUGAAGAAUGGUUUUUGGGAAACAAAAAAUAGGAGAGAUAAUAUUGAAUAUUUUGAGAGAAUGUAAGAAUAUAAUAUUUUAAAGAUUAGAGGAGGUGGAUUUUAUGAUGAAUAAGGAAGAAAAAAUGGGGAAUGGAUAGAUUUGACAGACAAUUUCUAUCAGUAUAAAUUCAUACAUAAAAUAUAAUAUUAAAUUAGGAACAUUACUUAUUGUGGUAUAUAUUAAAAUGGUUAAAGGAUUGGUAAAUGGGAAAUUAAUCAUAGGAAUAGCAUUGAUAAACCAAAUAUAAUAUAGUAAACACUUAAUUAUAUAUUUAAGUGGUGUAGGAUAGUAUGAUGAAAAUGGUUUUAAGAAUAAUAAAUGGAUAGAUUUAAGUGAUAAGUUCUAUUUGUAAUUUAAUUUAAGAAAUUAUUGAUAGAUAAAUUACGUAUAAUGGUGAAUAUCAAAAUGGUAAAAAGUUUGGCAUAUGGAAUACUAAUUAUAGUAGAACAAUAGGUGAACCACCUGAAAAAAUGUAAUAAUACAAUCUAAAUAUUUCUAGAGGAGGGGGAUAAUAUGAUGAUUAGAUGUUGAAAAAUGGUAAAUGGAUUGAAUUAAGUGAUAAUUUUUGGGAGUAAUUAUAUUUUACAAAAUAUUUAAUUUUUUUAGAUAUUGUUAAGUUUCUUUUAUUGGGAUUUAUAAUAAUGGUUAAAAGUUUGGUUAAUGGAAUAUAAAUUAUAGAGAAAAUGGAUAGAUUAAAUUUAAUAAAAUGUUUGAAAUUUAUAUUUAAUAACUUAAGUGGUGGAGGUAUCUACUAACAAUAAAGUUUGAAAGAUGGAGAAUGGGUUGAACUAAGUGAUCAUUUUCAGGAGUAUUAAAUAUUUCAUUCUUACAUAUUAGAGAUCAUUAGGUAGUAUAUAUAGGUGAAUAUAAGACUGGAUUAAAAUUUGGUAGAUGGAAUACCCUUUACAGGAAAAAUUCUGAAAACCUAUUUUAACAUAUGUAAUCAUUAAUAUAACGAUCUUAGAGGAGGUGGAUCAUAUGACAAUUAUGGGUUAUAAAAAGGUAAAUGGAUUGAAUUAAGUCAAAAUUUCUAAGAGUAUAUAAAAUUUUGUAAAAGUAUAGAAAUUUGUAAAUCUUCUACAAAGGCGAGUUUAUAAAAGGUUAUAAGAUUGGAUUAUGGGACACUAUUUAUAGAAAAAAGGAGGAUGGUUAAUUAUAAUUAAUGUAAAUUAAACUCAAUACUCUUAGUGAAUAUGGAUUAUAUGAUUACAUUGGUUAAAAAAAUGGAAAAUGGGUUGAGUUGAAUUUCGAUUUCUAAGAGGAUAAUUAAGUUAUAUGUAUUGGAGAAUAUAAAAAAGAUCAGAAAAUUGGAAAAUGGAAAAUGAAAUAGAGAGAGAUGCAUGAAGGAUUUGAAAAAAUGUAAUUACAGAUAUAAUUAAUUAUUUAGUGGUGAGUAAUAUUAGUAUUGA